GGUAAGCAUGCAGUCUUUCCCGCCAAUCGAAGUGACCUCAUUGCAUCAAUGUGACGUCACUUUAUGACAUUGGCGUUCCUUCCUUUGUGUAAUCCUCCAUAUUUCUGAGAAAAUGAGCGGCACAAUGCAUCGACUAUUUCAGAUUUACUUACUCAUAAUACUGACACUAAGUUAUACGAAUCAAAUACGUGUACAGGAAGACCCUGAAUGCCUUUUUUAUCAUGAAGAAACAAAAACAAUGGAAGAAUGCAAUGAAACCAAACAUGGUUUCAGGAUUGACUGGGUUGUUCCUCCCUACGAGAUAUAUGCUGGUGAGAGAUUAACAACAACACUCAAUAUCAAGAUUGUGAGUGAUGAAUUCUACAAACAAUACUGGAACGGAACUGUUAAAAAUACUCUAAAUGCAAAGAAAAACUGGACUGAAGUAAAGACAUCCUUCGAAGAGAGGGAUACAGAAUGCAGAGAAGUUUUGGCCGUGGAAAAAUAUUUUCGCGCCUGCAUGACUCAAAAGUGUUUAUCAAAAGCAGAAAGUUGCAGCCUACUGGACUUGUGGAAGGGUCGUUGUAUGCUAGAACAUUACAAAAACUCGUUUACGAACACAAUGUAUUUGAACGUGGGACCACAUGGAACCAACACGUCAUGCCCUCAUAGUGAAUUCUAUACCCCUGUCAAUAUGAGCGUGCAUACAUUACUCAAACUUGGUGGUUUCGAAAUGUGGGUCACCAAACAUUUUGUAGUGAAACCACAAAGAGUGUGUGGUGACACAAUUUGUGAACUUGAACUGUUGGAGACAUGCGAUACCUGCCCGAUGGACUGUGGGAGGUGUCCACUAAGGGCCUGGCAGAUAGGACUGAUUGUUGGUUUCUCCAUCCUUGGCUUUCUUCUGGUAGUGGCUGUUAUUUUGUAUAUUCGAGCGCAAAGACGAAAGCGCCUGUAUGAUGAAAGUUGGCUCAUCCCAUUUGCAGAGAUACAGGAAGGUAGGAGUCGGCAAGGCAAGUCUGGUAGCAGAAUGUCAAUGGGCAGCAUGUUCAGUACCGCCAGCAUGGGAGGUGCGGCUGCCAAACAGGUCUUUGUGAAGAUCGCACUGGUACAAGGUCGAACUGCCGCGGUGCGUGUAGUAAAUAAGAAGGAGUUCUCCCUCACCAUGCCAAUCCGAAAGGAGGUCAGAGCAGUCAGGGCAUGUGACCAAGCUAACGUGUGCAAGUUCAUAGGCGCCAGCGUCACUUUACCAAAUAUCUGGGUCCUCACAGAGUACUGCGCCAAGGGAAACAUCAGUGACGUGCUUCUUAAUGAAGAAAUCCCUCUGAACUGGGCAUUCAGGUUUUCUUUUGCUGUGGACAUCGCCAAGGGCAUGAACUACCUGCACUCAAAAGGAAUUAUGCAUGGUCGUCUUAAAUCCAAUAACUGCAUCGUGGACGACAGGUGGACUGUCAAGAUCACAGAUUUUGGUCUCAAGAUUCUACGCAAAAAUGAUGAAAUUAUUGACAAGGAAAAUGACGAAAUCAAGGAAAGGCGUGCAAUAAUCUAUGUGGCACCAGAGCAUAUGGGCAUGAAGAAGUUCGAGCCGACGCAGGAGGGGGAUGUAUAUGCCUAUGCUAUCAUUCUGAUUGAGAUCGCCACCCGCCAAGAGCCCUUCGGUGACAUGGAUAUGUUCAGUGAGCGAAAGUCCUGGAAGCCUCCCAUUCCGGACCUUUCACCAAAAGCCGGUGAGAAGGAGGAGGACCAUUGCCCUUGCCCUGAAGAAUACCUGCAGUUGAUCAAUGAUUGCUGGGCGGACGACCCAAAAAGCCGACCCACCUUUGGCGCCAUUGGUAAGAGGGUGGUCGCCAUCAACCCUAACAAGUUGAGCGCUGUGGAUCUAAUGAUGCUCAUGAUGGAGAAGUACUCCAAGCACCUGGAGGCCAUAGUGGCAGAGCGGACCAAGGACCUCGUGGCAGAGAAGGCGAAGACAGACCGUUUGUUGUACAGUAUGCUGCCUAUGGCGGUUGCCAAUGAACUGAGACAAGGCAGACCCGUGGAGGCAAGAUAUUACAAUGGGUGCACCAUCUACUUCAGCGACAUUGUGGGAUUUACGGUCAUUUCUGGCGGAAGCACAGCCAUUCAGGUGGUUAACCUCCUCAACAAACUCUACAUCACAUUCGACGAGAUCAUCGACGAUUACAACGUUUACAAGGUUGAGACCAUUGGAGAUGCAUACAUGGUGGUAUCCGGUAUCCCUGUUGAAACGCCAGUCCACGCUCAACAGGUGGCAAACAUGGCCAUUGACAUUGUGGAUGCCUGCACUCGUUUUGUCAUUCCUCACAUGCCUGAGCAGCCACUCAAGAUCAGAGUCGGCCUACACUCAGGUCAAGCAUGUGCUGGCGUUGUUGGCCUCAAGAUGCCACGCUACUGUCUGUUUGGAGACACUGUGAAUACUGCCAGUAGGAUGGAGUCAAAUGGAGAAGCAUACAAGAUCCACAUCAGCAACUUUACUUAUGAAGAAUUGGUCAAGACCAACCAAUAUAUAAUGGAAUUACGUGGCACAAUCCCAAUUAAGGGAAAAGGUGACAUGACAACCUGGUGGUUGAAAGGUUAUGACCCCCAAUACAUGGCUGAGCGUGCCAAACUAAAGGAACAGACGGUGACAAAGCCGAAGAAAGAAGUGAAAGCAAGGUGGACAAAAGCAGAAUAAAGUGAUCAUUAACAUAGAAUAUGAAUUUAAUAGCUUAGCUAACUCUUUAAAUACCUAAAAAAUGAAGAACCAAAAUCCUGAGGUUAUGAAUUUGAGAAAUGAAAGCAAGGUGGACAAAAGCAGAAUAAAGUGAUCAUUAACAUGGAAUAUAAAUUUACUUUUUAAGACUUAGCAAACUUUUUAAAUAACUUACAAAAUGUAGACACCAAAUAUUCAGGCUGUUAAUGUGAGUAUGUUGUGAAAAGGCUAGUCUAUUUGAACUGAACUUACUUGUACUAAUACCAACUGGUACAAAUACUGUGUUUCUUGUUCAACAUGCUUAUUGUUAUCAAUAUUGUUACCGGUACGACUUUAUUUAUUUGUAUUUCUAUCUUGAUUGUACGACACAAAUAUCGUGUCCACAAUUUUAUGUAUCCACAUGUCUCAGUAUGGUCUCAGCAAGAUAUGGCUUUAGAUGUUUAUAAUGUUGGUCUGAUAUUUUUUAAACAAUCAUUAUUGGUGAGAAAUUAAGAAACAGCCCUGUAGCAUUUAUUAUUUUAUACGGAUUAAAUGCAGGCCUUUCUCUUUGUAUUUUUUAAUGCACAGAUAGAAAAGAAAGUAUUUGACGAAAGGGAGACGCACUUAUUUUAUUUCGCUGACAGCGUACUAAUUUAAUAAUGACUAUUUUGCAGCCCGCAAACUAAUUGCACCCAGGACAUAUUUAUUGAUUUUAUUUAUAUUAAUACUAGAUCUGCAGUAUCAUAAGUGCUUGCCAGCAAUAAGUUAUAUGUAGCGCUGGAGUGUAAAAACCUUAAGGGUAUACUGGUCGUGUACGUAAUUCCGGCCACUUUUGGGACUAUUUUAACAAAAUCUUUUAUUUUAGGCAACUGGUUGAAACUAAACUUCACAUAUAUAAUCCUGGGUUCAAAACUCAUCUAGAAUGAAAAUUUCAAUAGAAUUAGAUCAGUGUAUGUUACUUUUAUGAACAGAAAUUAAUGACAUAAACUAUCAAUUUUCAUAGGGCAAUUGUACCUAAAAAAUCGGCCACCUUUUAGUUUAAUCUGCAGGUAAAAUUACAAAGCAAUAUCUUUAGAUAAAUGUCCUCAUUUUAGGAGUAUUAAUGUAGGUUUACACAAACACAAUUUUUUCACUUGAAACUUAAAGUAUAUGCGACAUUAUAUACCAGUUACUCCCCCUACCUAUUUUAAUAAAUAUAUUAAACUAGCACUGUCAAUUGGCAACUGCAAAUUCCUAAAAACUAUUUGUUUUUAAUAUUUUAUCCAAAAAUAAAAUUAUAUAGCUAAGAAAUUAAACACAUUUUGUAUAAAAAGUUGACUUCAUUGUCGAUUUUUAGUAAACGCUUGUAUUUAAUUUUACAACAAAUAACCUAUUAUUAUUCUAAUCAAGGGAGGUAAUUCAUAUAUUAUAAAAGUAUAUAUUAGGUCCUAAUUUUUAUGUUUUGAUAUAUGUUUUUAUACAAUUAAUUAAAAAUACCUUAGUUUAAGUUUAUUAGAUAAAAAAAUAACAACAAUUUUAACAAAUAUAUUUGUUUCUUAUAUAUAAGUAAUACAAAUACAGUUGUUGUCACUUUUCCCACAUGACAAAAAGAUCGUCCUACAAUUGUGACAUUUUGAUAUAAAAAGUUCACAGUGAUAUGCUUCUUUAAUUUGCAAAAUAUUGAGAAAAGGGUUGGUUAUCAAGUUGAUUUUAAUAAAAAACAGCAAAAUGUGUAUCCUAAGAUCAUGAAAAUGAUUUAACACAGGUGGCCGAUUUUUUACAUACAGGCCGGAAUUACGUACACAACCAGUAUUGUGAAUAUAUUUUAUAUAUAUACAUAUAUAUAUACAAAGAAAUCCAAAAUGAUUAUUUAAAAAAUGUGUAGAUUAUCAUUGCAAUAAAUUUUUAUGCACAAUGAAAUUCAUCUUCUGGUUAUGUCAAAUAGGUGUAUGGUGUACAUGUUGAUAAACUGUUGUUGAUGUUGUUUGUUCACAGAGUUGCAAAUGUUAAUAAAAUAUAGUUCAUGUUGUUUAA